AUGAAAAAAGGACACAAGAAGUUUCAAAUGUUUGCUAUUCCUGCAGAAGUUGUUCGUAUAAUUCUAGGAUUCAUGUCUGAACGAGAUUCGAUAAUAUUGUCGUUCAUGUCCCGUAAAUUUUGUUAUUUCGUCAGAACAAUGCGAAUGCAAGGGAAACGGAUAUUUUUCAAUUUCCACCCAAAUCAAGUUGAUAUGGGAGUUGAGAUGAUGUCCGGAGAUAAGUUUUAUUUUCCGUUGCCAUUCAAUAACUUGUGGUCAACAAAUCGCCAAUUGUCCCAAAUCUGGUUGGGAGGAUAUGUUGAAGAUACCAGAAAAUGGCAGUUUAGAAACUUUUUUGAUCAAUUGAAGAUUGUUAUCAACCAUUCAGCAGUGGACACAAUUCGUUUUUCUGCAGAUGCAACAAACUUUAAUCUACAGUCUGUGCUCGAAGAUAUUGGCAAUCCUAUUUGCCUUCAUAUUGAAAGAACCGGCUCCGACCAAGCCAACUACGACAUUGUCAAUCAUUUUGACACUCCUAUUGUUAAUCUUCAUGUGCCACUGCUGGAGAGAGUUCCGGAAGGAAUAUUGUCCCGGAAAUUUGAAGAGUUGCAUAUCUGUAAAACUAAUUAUGAAGAUGGAAGAGGAGAAUCUCAUUUCCACCUGGAGGAUAUUCUGGUUACAAAUGCAAAAAAUGUUUAUCUCGGCCAAAUAUGGAUGACACUCAAGGAUAUGAAUCAAUUUUUGAAACGUCUCCGUCAAGGAAGCAACUUGGAGCUGAAAUUUUUGACUGUUGUAGUGGAUGACGAAAUAACACCGGAAAAUGUUCUCGAAGGAUUACAAACUUCCGUUGCUACAACUACACCCCAAAAACCUGUCACAAAAUAUAGGUUCAAUCGUAAUUUCUAUCUAAUAUCUAUCAACCCGGUAGAGUUUUUCGAUUAUGUCACAGUUGAUGGUAGAAUUGUAACCGUAAAUAUCAGAGGCCGAACUGUUUCAAUCUACGUCAGAGAUACUGAAUUGAUAUAG